AUGCUGCGCUUCCCCGUGAAGAAGAUCCGGAAGCAGUUCAAGCUCCUGCUGCUGCUGGUACUGCUCACCUCCGCCGUGUGGUUCACCUACCUGCACAUCAACCAGGGCAAGACCAUCAAACUCCACUUCAACUACGGAAAAGAUGGAGAGAGACAGACAGAGGGGACAGACGCCAGCCGUAAGAGGGACACUCGCUCCUCAGCCGGCCACCACAAGAGCGAGGACACCAGCGACAGCAGGGAGGACGAGGCUGCAGAUGAUGAGCAACUCGCAGGAGGCACUAAUGGCAGAGACCAUACCCGCAUCAGGAAGUUCCUCAGCCAAGGCCACAAAAAAUUGCCAUGGAAACCAGAGUAUAAAGGACAAGCCAACCUGCACGUGUUUGAGGACUGGUGUGGCUCCUCUGUAGCCCAACUCAGAAAGAACCUGCACUUCCCCCUCUACCCUCAUACCAGAACCACACUGAGGAAGUUGGCAGUCGCUCCGAAGUGGAAGAACUAUGGCCUGAGAAUAUUUGGCUUCCUUCACCCUUACAGAGAUGGUGAUUUCCAGUUCUCGGUAUCGUCUGAUGAUAACUCGGAGUUCUGGCUGAGUCCUGAUGAGAGCCCUCUCAACGCCAGACUGCUGGUCUAUGUAGGACAGCUGGGAACAGAGUGGACCGCUCCAGGCGAGUUCAGCAAGUUCAGGUCCCAGUCGUCCAAGUCGGUGCACCUAAUCUCGUCCAGACGAUACUACUUUGAGAUUCUCCACAAGCAGGAUGACAAGGGCUCGGAUCACGUGGAGGUCGGGUGGCGUCCGUUCCUCCCUGGUCUGAAAUAUGAAGUGAUAGACUCAGCCUACAUCUCCCUGUACACAGACGAGUCCAAUCUGAAGAUGAACGGCGUGGACCACAUCCCCCAGACCAUGGCCAGUCACAUCCGUCUCCCAGAGGAGAAUCAGCACCAGGGUCUGGGGAGAGGCGGCGUUCUGCAGCACGGAGCGGAUAUGCUGAAGCCGGACCCCAGGGACACCUUCUACAGCACUCCUAUGAUCGACCCCUCCCGACUGGACAACGUUCUUCCGGCCUGUCUCUACUCUCCAACCUAUGUUGUCAAAGACUUCCCCAUCGCCAGAUACCAGGGCCUGCAAUUUGUCUAUCUGUCCUUCGUUUACCCCAAUGACUUCACACGUCUCACCCAUAUGGAGCGAGAGAACAAGUGUUUCUACAGAGAGUCCCCUAUCUACUUAGAGAAGUUUGGUUUCUACAAAUAUAUGAAGAUGGAUGAGGAGGAAGAUGACAGACCGUUCUUCUUCCCCAACCCAGAUGAUUUCCUCGAUGAAGAAGAGGUGGUAGAUGUAGAGGACGAGGCAGAGAUCGUUGGCACGCAGUCGCCCAAGAAGCCCUCUCAUCCCAGCCAGAGCAGCUACACCUCCAACCCCUCCCAUCUGCACUCGAAGCCUACGCUCACACCAGCUGGCAGAGAAGGGGAAGAAGAGGAGGAGGACCCUGAUGAAGAGGAGGAGGGAGCAGUCGACAGUAUCAUACGCCGCAGAGAAAGGAGACACUUUCCUCACAGUGUUGGACAGAUGGUUAGGGAUAUUGACAGAGACUGGGGAAGAGAUCAUACGAACAUUGUACAGGACACGAGGAAGGGACUUGAAGAGCCCCAUCCCAGGGGGCUUCCGCCGGACAGUGUGGUCCGGGGUCGCUCCUUGUCUUGGAUUCACACUGGUUCUGCAGAGUUGAGCCCCGGCAGGAAAGGAGGAGGAACAGGUGGCGGAGGAGGAGGAGGGGGAGGAGAGAAGGGAGUUGAGACUCUGCCAAAACUGAGCAAGUCUUCACUCCUUUUCCCCCAAAAGUCCUCCCUCUCUGCCCUUGCCAGUCGAGCCAAGCAGAUCCUCAGCAACUCCGCCCAUAGCAACAACUUCCAAGAUGCCAAAAGCAACAAGCUUGCUGGAAACAAGAAGGAGAAGAGGGAGGAGAACAAGAUCUACAUCACCAGGCCUCGCAGUGCCAAGGAGCGGGAGAGGGACAGGGAGAGGGAGAGGGAGCAGCGUCGAGAGAGGAGGGAGGAGAGAGCAUCGCGCCACCCUAGAGAGGUGUUCCCGGGGGUCUUUCUGUACCAAACUGGAAAGACCACAAGGCUGGUCAAUCUGGAGGCUAAAGGACAUGCUGGGAGAGGCAUAACCAGAGGCAGAGGUAUUGUUAGUGCCCCUCAGCUCUGGCCCAAUCCCCCCACAAAAGAAGGUAAGCAUCACAAUGGAAGUAUCAACAUAGAGAAUGAAAGUGUACAGAAGUCUGGGAACAGUAAAGCCGGGGCAAAGCAACCAGAGAAGAGCAACAGGAAAGGGGAUCAACGGGAUUUAAAGACUACUGCCAAUGCUCAUGUAACCCCACUGUCCCAUCACAAAGAUCCCCCUCCAGUUACCCAACAAAGGUUCAAUGCCACAGAAAACACGUUGCAAAGUCGGGUCACCUCUUACCUCAGGACCUCUGAGAUCACAGAGUCCCAGCAGCAGCCAGACCCGGACCCCAACCCAGCAGAACAGGACCCGGAUACAGACCGGUCUAAUCCUGACCCCGACGUUGACCCCGAGCCUGAACCAGAGGAGGGCGAGAUGUCGGACUACAGCUACGAGGAGGCCGAGGUGCGGCCAGGUUGGGCAGAGGAGAGCAUCAACUGGCAGAGGACCUUCUCGGUCAAUCCGAUGGACUUUGAGCUGCUGCGCUCCGACUGGAACGACCUGCGCUGCAACGUGUCUGGCAACCUGCAGCUGGCAGAGAGCGAGGUGGUGGACGUGCUGGCGCAGUACAUGGAGAAACUCAACGAACGUAAUGGAGGGAUCUACACCCUGCUGCGAAUUGUCAACGUUGAGAAGCGGCGCGACUCGGCGAGGGGGAACCGCUACCUCGUGGAGCUGGAGCUGAUGGAGAGAGGCCGCAGCGUGGUGCGUCUAUCAGAGUACAUCUACCUGCUGCUCCACCGCGGCAGGCAGGGGGAGGAAAGUCUAGAGAACACUGACUUUGCCCCGGCCUCUGCGCCAGCUUCGGUCCCAUCAGCUGCCACAUCCAGCCUCACCACCCCCCCGCCCCCUCCCUCCACCAGGUCUCGAGCGACCCCCUGGAGCACAGCCUACGCUAAGCCUCUGCUCUGUCAGCCGGUCAUGCUGCAGUGGAGGAGAGAUGUCAUGGUGCACUUUGUGGUGCCAGUGAAAAACCAGGCUCGCUGGGUACAGCAGUUUAUCUCUGACAUGGAGAAUCUUCAUCACCAGACGAAGGAUGACAAUUUCAGCAUCAUCAUUGUCGACUUUGAGAGUGAAGACAUGGACGUGGAGCAGGCCCUCAGAGAAAGCAGCGUGCCGAGAUAUGAGUAUCUAAGGAGAGAAGGGAACUUUGAGCGCUCAGCAGGACUGCAGAUCGGAGUAGACACUAUUGAGGACAGUCACAGCAUUGUGUUCCUGUGUGAUCUGCACAUCCACUUCCCUCUCAACAUCUUGGAAAGCAUCAGGAAGCACUGUGUGGAGGGGCGCCUUGCUUUCGCUCCCAUCGUCAUGAGACUCAGCUGCGGCAGUUCGCCACAGGAGCCUGACGGUUACUGGGAAGUGAACGGCUUUGGCCUGUUUGGAAUCUAUAAGUCUGAUUUCGAUAAGAUUGGAGGGAUGAACACGGAGGAAUUCAAAGACCGCUGGGGUGGAGAGGACUGGGAGCUGCUGGACAGGGUUCUGCAGAAUGGUUUGGAGGUUGAGAGACUACGCUUGAGGAACUUCUUUCACUACUACCACUCUAAACGAGGCAUGUGGAACGCCCAAAACAAGAAAACUCCUAAAGGAUAGUGCCCCCCCCCCUGCUGGUCGGAGGAUACUGAACCUACCUGCAGAUCCACUGCGUGUGAGAGAGAGACCUGUGAGAGCUCGCUCACUGCCUGAACUCUGCCUUCAUUUGAAACAGGCUCCUCUUGGGGACGCCUCUGUUUCGCCAUCGUCCCCUCUUGUAUGCUUGCCUGGAUGAGGAAACAGAGUCCAAAUCUGAACUUUACAAGCGAGCUGUUUACGCAAAUAGACCUGAGUCAUUGCUUUGACUCACUGACUGAACUACUGUACAGAGGGAAGAGAGUUAUUUUUGUUCUUCUUCUCUCUGUCCUUUUUUUGGUGCAAUGUUUUCAGACGGACUGGAAAGCAGCUGUGUGUGUGUGUGUGUGUGUGUGUGUGUGUGUGUGUGUGUGUGUUGCCAGCUUGUGUGCGCUUAUGAUGACAGGAAGCACCUUUUUUUCCGACAAGGAGACGUGAAGACAACCUAAGAUCUUUUUUUUUUUCUAACACGCUCUCAAAUGGGAGCCUGAUAGCAUGUGUGUCAACAUGUUAUUCAGAUAGAUUCAGUCUUUGGUAAAACAGUAUUUCUAACCACAUCAACAACUACCUGUUGGAUAUCCUUAACCGAGGUGCUGAUGUUCUCCUGAUACCUGAUAUUACGAAACAAGAAAAGGCUUUGAAUCAGAAAAGCCCUUUUAGGAACAAAUACUGACAGAUGGGUCAUUUUUAUAUAUCUUUCCAUCCCUCGCCCUCCCUCUCCCUCUGUAUCUCUUUUCAUCUUCGGCUCAUUUCAGCCUCUGUCUGUCUGAUGUCAUGCAAUUUUUUGUAUGUGUACGUACGAAAGCCAUGUUAAUGCUAGGUAGCGGUUAUGGUUUCCUUUUGUUUCAUUAUCUGAAGUGUGUUGUGCUGUUUUCAUAUGUCCUCACAGAGCAUGGAUGCAACGUUUGGCGUGCCAUUUUCUGUUCUAAAACACUGAAUUUGCAAACAGUUUUACACCUUUUCACGCUACUGACGGCACCCCCAAUUCCCUCCACAUCUCUAACCUCAUUGUCAACCUGAACCUAAAACAGGAACAGGAGGAACGCAGAGAAACAACAGAUGUCUGACAUUUGAUUUUGAUGUUGUAACGCCAUUGUAUUAAGCAAUUUCUGAGUUGAGAGUUGCAUUUCUCAUAUUAGAAUACCACCAGGACAAUGAUCGCUCAGCUAU